CGCUCCGCUGCGCCUGCGCAGGCGCCGAGGGGUCGGGGUCGGACGCAGAAAUGGCGGCCUCCAUAUUCUCCAGCCGGCUGCUGGCCGCCGCCACCCUGAGGAGCCACCCGCCCCGGGCGGCGCUGCGGGCCGCCGCCCAGGUUCUGGGAAGUUCUGGAUUGUUUAACAACCAUGGACUCCAAGUACAGCAACAACAACAAAGGAAUCUCUCACUACAUGAAUACAUGAGUAUGGAAUUGUUGCAAGAAGCUGGAGUCGCCAUUCCCAAAGGACAAGUGGCUAAGUCACCAGAUGAAGCUUAUGCAAUUGCCAAAAAAUUAGUGCUGUGUAUGGAUGCGAAGAUCAAUUUUGAUUCUAAUUCAGCUUAUCGCCAGAAGAAAAUCUUUGAUCUCCAGGACUGGACUCAGGAAGAUGAAAGGGACAAAGAUGCAGCUAAGGCAGAUAUCAACUACAUUGGCCUAGAUGGGAAUAUAGGCUGUCUAGUAAACGGUGCUGGUUUGGCUAUGGCCACAAUGGAUAUAAUAAAACUUCAUGGAGGGACUCCAGCCAACUUUCUUGAUGUUGGUGGUGGUGCCACAGUCCAUCAAGUAACAGAAGCAUUUAAGCUUAUCACUUCAGAUAAAAAGGUACUGGCUAUUCUGGUCAACAUUUUUGGAGGAAUCAUGAGGUGUGAUGUUAUUGCACAGGGUAUAGUCAUGGCAGUAAAGGAUUUGGAAAUUAAAAUACCUAUUGUGGUACGGUUACAAGGUACACGAGUGGAUGAUGCUAAGGCACUGAUAACUGACAGUGGACUUAAAAUUCUUGCUUGUGAUGACUUGGAUGAAGCUGCUAAAAUGGUUGUAAAGCUCUCUGAAAUAGUGAACUUAGCCAAACAAGCCCAGGUGGAUGUGAAAUUUCAGUUGCCGAUCUGAUCUGAGAAUCCAGUAGAUGGCUGAAGGUUUUAAAUGUGCUAUAAUCAUUAAAAAUACUGUGUUCUGUGUUAUUAUUGUUCCUUUUCUCAUUCAUGUGUGAAGACUAUAAUUGCCAUCUAGGCAUAAAAACUUUUAAAAGCAUUUGUUCUGCAUUUAAUUCUAUUGAGAAUGGGCUGUUUGUAUAAAGAAUGUGUAAUGCAGUUAUCUAGUUUCUUUUGUUGCAGCCUCCUUUUUCACUUCUACAGGAUGCCAUUUGCAAUAUGCCAGUUUAUUUUUGUUGGAUACAACGUUCUUCAUUAAUAUGAGUCCUAUGAAUAAAAUAAAUCUGAAGAUAAAGCUUUAUUCUUUAGUGUUAGAAAUAUUAUAUCUAAUAACUAGCCUUAUUAGUAGAGCAAUGUAUUAAAACAGUGAUGGCAAACCUCUGACACGCGAACUCAUUUUUUUGGUUGAUUUUUCUUUGUUAAAUGGCAUUUAAAUAUAUAAAAUAAAUAUCAAAAAUAUAAAUCUUUGUUUUACUAUGGUUGCAAAUAUCAAAAAAUUUCUAUAUGUGACACGGCACCAGAGUUAAGUUAGGGUUUUUCAAAAUGCUGACAUGCCGAGCUCAAAAGGUUCGCCAUCACUGUAUUAAAACAGUGUUUUAUAUAAGAAGUGUUUAUCUUCAACACCAAAUACCUAACUAAGUAUAUCAAUCACUAUUUAUAAACAGAGCUUUCAAACACUCCUCAGAAUAUUCUUUUAAAUAUUUCAGUGAAGUAACUUAAUUAUUUGAACAUUAUCUUAAUUGUUACAAAACACUGAUAACUGCAAGUCUUCAUGAUCCUGUGGUUUUGAGAAGAACCUGUAGGUUUUCACCAAAUAAAGGCAUAUAUACUAAGGACUUGUCAUACUAAAUUAACAAUGUCAAUUUAAGUUAAUAAAAAUCUGGAUAAUGUUAAUAAAUAAUGGAUUAAUGUUUUCUUUUUUAAGUAAGCACAGUAGAAGGAAGGUAUUGUGUUUAUUAUUCCACCAAACACCUCUAGGAACUGAUUUAUAGAUCAUGUACUGAGGCAGGACAUUACCUUGCAUAUUAUUAAGCUGCCUAUGGAUAUUUCACUUGAAUUCUGUUUAUGUGUGCCAUCUCAUACCUUCUCCAAAGAUAACACUUUGUGUCUCUAUGUGUGUGUAUAUAAUCUUUUUUCACUGCAUAGAACAGUGAUAACUAUUAAUAGUGUUAAUACUAUGUGAUAUUAACAGUAUAUAUACCAUGGAAGGAAAUAUCAGCCAAGCAGAAGACUAUGAAUGUAGUAGUGAUGAAUUUGAGAACUUCUGUUUAUUUGGAUGGUCAUAAAGUAUGAUCAGAUAUACAUACUGUGAGAGGUAUCAUACAUAGCAUAGUGAUUAUGAGCACAGAAUUUGAAAGUCGACCAUCUGGCUUGAAUCUUGGCUCCACUGCUUACUAGCUAUAUGAGUUUGAGCAAGUUUCUAAAUUUCAGUGUACCUCUGUUUCCUUAACUCCUUUCUCAUUCUCUGGAAUUAUUUAAUGGGGGAGAGGGGAGAGAAAAUUAUUCAAGAGAACAUAUAAAAUAUAUACUCAAACCAUCUACACGAAUAUCAUUAUCUGUCCAAGUUGAUCAUGUAUUUACCUACCUACCUAUCUUCCCUACCAUAUUAAAGACUAAAUGGAACCACU